AGGGUGCAGAUCACUAUGACCGCUUUGACCUGCCUGCGUUUCAUCUCCUGGUGGCUCCGCUGACGGUGGAGCAGCUCCAACGUGCGCAGAACCAGCAGAGCCCACCAGUUUUGCAGGUGGACGUCGUGGACGUUGACGUUGCAUCAGCGGAGUCUCCCUGGGCCCAGUCGCCAUCGCAUCCCUCGCCCUCGCAUCCGUCCACCACGAAGUCAGCAAGUCCCACAUCCGAGGUCCAGGAGUCACCAGCUGCGGAUGCUCGUCGCAACGCGCUGAUGGCGCAGCUGUUCAAUGCCUUGGACAGUGAUGGCGAUGGACGUUGCAGUUCCAAGGAUUUGGGCGUGGUCUUUGCGGCUCGCUAUGAGGCCUGGCCCAUGCAUUUCCGGAAGCUUUGCAGCCACUGGAAAGUGAAGCAACGGGAAGGUGUUGAUGCGCAGACUUUCGCGGAGAUGCUGGAGGAUCGAAGUGAGCUUGGACUUUACGUUUCGGAGGAUGACCUUGAAACCAUGAUCAGCGACGUUGUUCGCCAACCAAGAGUCGAGCGACGUGUCAGUAUUCAGGAUCGAUCUCGUUUGAUCGAUGCGCUGUUUUUCUACCUCGACUCGAACCAGGAUGGACUUCUCGAUCAGAUGGAACUGCAAGUGCUGGCGAAGGAGUUGAAGGUCGAGAUGCGAGCGGAGGACUUUCAGGGCGAAAACGCUCUGGACCUGGACGCCUUCCGAGAGAUUGUGAAUGAUGGCGGCCAGUGCCUGUAUUGCGACAACAGCUCCCUUCCAAGCCUUUUGGCCAGGUUCAGUCGAAAAGGUUGAACCAUGGCUGAAAUAUGCCAAUGACCAGAGCUAAUGGUGGCCAAGCAUGGCCCGCUGCUGACCUAAGACGGGACGAGCAAAGCCUUUCAAGUAUAUUUGCUUGGUGAUGACAAUCUAUUCAUGGGAUGUAACAAUCUGAUCUUCAGUACAAAAAUCUCAGUUUUUUUUGGCCGUGCCAUUUCGCAGCUGGAGAUCUGCUGACGCAGAUCAGCCCAGAGAUGAGGAUCAGCCUUGUGUUUAACCUGGCUGAUGAUUUUCAGAUCGUCUGCGCACGUUCAAAAGCA